GUGCAUCAUCUCUAAUUCUUUUCUUGAGUUUUUCGAUAAAAACAAAGCCAUGUAUUCGCGCUGUGGCCCGGUAGAUAUUGUUAUGUGUUAAGAUGUUGGAGGUAUGGCCAUAGCACGUCAGGAAGGCCAGGAUGAUGUAACUAGAUUCUGGCGGGAGGAGAGAGAAGAAGGGGCCGUGUACAAUGUCUACCUCAAGAAAGUAACCUACCACACAUUGUCAGAUGCUGACAAUGAGCAAGGCCGUGAGUUUUCCCACCUUAUGUGGGAAACUCAGAAGAUGCGCGUCAUCAAGGUGGGCACACUGGAGAAGCUGGUAGAGAGCCUGGUCACAGUCAAAGGAGAGCUGGACUCCACCUAUGUAAAUGUGUUCCUGGCCACCUACCGCACCUUCGCUACACCCAGAGAGGUGCUGGACAAGCUCAUUGAGCGAUACAAAUGGCUAAAAGUGAGUGGGCAGGAAACCACAGAGAAAAAGGAAUUACAGGAGAUUCAACAGAGAACGGUGAAAUCAGUUAUUUCUGUGUGGUUAGACACAUAUUCUGAUGAUUUCCGUGAGGAGCCGGACUAUCCCUGCCUUCACACGCUAGAGAGGUUCUCUUCCCAGUACAUUCCUGACUCUGACCUUGCUGUGCGUGCCAGACACAAGAUCGAACGCUUCCGUAAGGAGGCACAGAGUCGAUCAGAUGCUGGGAUAGAGUUCCGCUUUUCCCUUUGUGAUGAAGUUGACCACAUGAUGGAUACUGAAUACCUCAAACCACUCCAGUUCAUGGACAUCCCUAACCAACGGCUCGCCGAACAGUUGACUUGGAAAGAUGCAGAAUUGUUCAAGCGUGUUGUACCACACCACUGUUUGGGUGCAGUGUGGGCGAGACGAGCCCGUCGCCUUGGAAAGGGAGGUAAUGUGGCUGGUAGUGUACUAGCCACCAUUGACCAAUUCAACAGGGUCUCUCUCCGUGUUUCCGCCACCAUCCUAAAGAAUCGUGAUAUGAAAUCCUCCCAACGAUCCCGCAUUGUACAGAAAUGGAUAGACAUUGCUCAAGAAUUGAGACAUUUGAAAAACUUUUCGUCAUUGAAAGCAAUAAUCUCCGGCCUCCAAGCACAGGCAGUCUACAGACUACGAAGAACCUGGUCCUCCCUUCCCAAAGAAAGUAUAGCCCUAUUUCAGGAGCUGGCAGACAUAUUCUCCAACGAGAAUAACCAGAUUGCCUCAAGGGAAUUGCUUAUGAAGGAAGCCACAGCCAAAUUCCCUGAUGUUGACUCCAACAACAAAUCAUUACGCAGAAGAAACAUGGCUAAACGCCAGUCCUGGAUAGAAAAUGGUAUUGUUCAGGGUACAGUACCAUAUCUGGGAACGUUCCUUACUGAUCUAACCAUGAUAGACACAGCAAUACCAGACUGUACCGACGAUGGGCUAAUCAACUUCGACAAACGACGUAAGGAGUUUGAGGUGCUAGCCCAGAUAAAGCUGCUUCAGUCGGCAGCCCAGAUAUAUAGCCUUUGCGAGGACCAACAAGUCUGGCUCUGGUUUGAUUCGGUCAGGGUUUAUGAUGAAAGUGAAAGCCAUGACCUCUCUUGUGCAAUAGAACCCAUGAAAGAUGAUGCUGCCAAAAUCAAAAAGAAGUCUUCUAGUCUAAGUCACAAGCCUGCCAAGUUUGACAGCUCUAGAUUUGCCAUGUUUGCAUGUGGACUAGAUGACCGGUCCAGUGUGUGCAGUAGCUCAAAUCUUGACUCACCAGUAUCGCCCACUCCUGGGAUGUCUCAUUCAUCAUCUACAUCCUCGCUGUUGUCCUAUGACAGUGACCCCAUGUCACCGUUCAAGUCCUCCGACCAUUGUGUUGUCAGGGUCAGCUUUGAGUCUGGAGCCAACGCCCAGACACAUGUAUACAAAAGUAUUAUGCUGCACAAUGCUGACCACACCAACAAUGUCAUUGACAAGGUCCUAGAGAAAUACUCAGUACAAGGUCGCCACAAGGACUAUUGUCUUCUGCAGGUCCUGCCAGAUGGGGAAAUGCUGAUCCCUGAUAAAGUAAAUGUAUUUUAUGCUAUGAACAAUAGUGGUUCUGAACUUAACUUCAUUGUACGCAGUCGAGAGGAACAAGAUGCUCGAAAUCACAAUCGCAGGCGGGGCCGGCGGCGACUGAAAAAACUUAGUUUAUGACAAAGAGCCAAAUCCUCGUUCUUCCAUUGCUGCUCUCGGCACUAGUUUCUUUUCUGACUUUUGAUGUGACCAGGUUUGUAGUGUAACCAGGAUGAUCACAAGAUGUCCUUUUUGGCAUUGUUAUGUCAGUGUGUCUGUUUGUACGAACUGCCAUGACUUUUUGUCUCUGUGUUUGGGCAGAAACAUUUGCAUACAUAAUAGCAGAAAGGUUGUUACCUUAUUUUAAUGAGAAACAGGAUGAAGUGGAUGGUAGAAUAGAGACUUUGUCAGCUCAUGAAAGAUAUUUAUAAACAGAUUGAGAUCUUUGUGAUUUCCUGGUUACAUUACUGUUCUUCCAAAGCAUAUGUCAUGUAACAUUGAGGCCGAGGUCAUGUGACUUGAAAGCUCUGUUCAUGUGACAGUGAAGCUCAGGUCAUGUGACAUUGAAGCUCUGGUCAUGUGACAUUGAAGUUCUGGUAAUGUCACUGAGGUCCUGGUCAUGUUACAGUGCUCUGCUCAUAGGACAAUGAAGCUGAAAGUUAUAUGACCUCGAGGGGUGGCUUAUGUGAGAUUGAAACUUUUGGUCAUGUGACCUUGAGGCUUUAACUCAUGUGACAUUGAGGUUCUGGGUCAUGUAACUGUGAGAUCAUUGGUCAUGUGACUGAAGGACCGGGCUUCCAGACCCAAAAAGCUGCUGGACAGUUUCUCUGGAGACUGGAUGUUUGAUAGACUGAUGUCGGUUGUGAUAUCUACAAGUCCCGGUACUCACUUGGUUGGCUUGUAUGGCAUACAUGUGACUUUUUUUAUUUUGUUUAUGUAAUUGAUCCCCUUUAACCCUCCCCUUUUGUUAUUGAGAUAAACUGUUGUUACCCUAGAUGUGUUCUUGUUGCAAUGUGUUGGGGUAGGUAAGGGUAGAUAAUCCAUGUGCCAAUGUUGUUUUUACCUGUAUCCUGUUUAUUUGAUGUUUUUAAGGCCAGAAUGUAUACAGGGUAGUGUUAAAUGACAUUUAUCUUAGAAUAUUAAUUAAUUUCAGUAAAAUUAGAGUGUAAUAGGUCUUCUCUAUAUAUCUAUAGAACAAUGUCAGUAUAUUAGGGCACUGUAUUUAUGUUGUGGAUUUUUUUACAAACAUGUAUACAAACAUUGAUAUUCUCAGCUCUCUAAAUCCUAUUGAUCAAUAAAUAAUAAAAAAAAAAAAAGUUGAUUCAAAUUGACAGGUUGCUCAUUUCAAAAAGAAAACCCCCCAAAAAAUAAAAACAAAAAUAAGACAAAAAAAAUCAAAUGGAUAUAUUUUGUAUACAUUGAAAAGUAUAUCCCAACCAUAAAGACAGGUUCUUUUUGUUAUCUUAUAUACAAUAAAUAAGGUUGUAGUUGAUAAUUAUAUAUGUGGUUGUUACUGUUUUUAGUUUUAAUAUUUUUCUUGAGUUUUAAAGUUGAAAAACCAAAUUAAGAAAUUGCAUUGAACAAACAACUUAAGUAGGAGAAACAUCGAAAUAUUGAUUCCACAACUAUCUGAUCAGAGGGGAGAUAAUUGUGUAAUAUCUGUUGAUUUAUUACAAGGAGAGAGCUCUAUGUAAUAAUACCUGUGGAUUUUUUUCAUAUUAAAGUGUGCCUUUGAAAGAAAAUGACACCUUAACAUUAGGUACUAGUAUUAAUUUGAACAGGGUAACUUUACAAAUUUUAUUACAAAACCAUUUUUAAAUCAAACUAUACUAAAUUUGCAAAUAAGAUAAAAGGCAAUAUACUCCCUAGCUGGCCUAGGUUGAGUCUGUCAGUAAUUUGAUUUUAAAUCUCAACAGGAAAGAUUUUCUCUGUAUGAAAUUUCCUUUUUUUAAUUUUUUUUCAAUUAAGAGAUAAUUCUGAUAAUUUUUUUUCAUGUAGAAAAUGAAAAAAAAAUUGUGAGUAUUGUGUAGUUGUACUAAAGUUGUGACUGAUGGUAUUGAGAGUGACCAUAUAAGGACUGCUGUAUUCUGUAAUCAGGUCACGACUUCACAAAACAUUUCAGGUAUUUGUGCUUAUGAUUAAGACUGUUACAACAAGUUGUUAGUUGCAUUGAGGCCUUGUCUGGGGUAUUUUUGUGUGUAAGUAGUGCUGAUUGACCAACACUCUCAGUAGUGGCUACAUUAUUUCCUGUAUGCUGGAUAAGCUGGUGACAUCCCUGGCUCCAUUGUUCAAAGUGGGACAAGACAGAAGAGAAACCAUGAAUUAUUUCAGAUGUGGAUUUGUUUUAUCUGUCGCAAACCGUUCAAUUUUUUUUUUGUUUAUCUAAAAUCUGUCGAUGGUUUUAAUGGUUUUAGAUUUAACUUUUACCAAACCUAGUUUUGAGACCUUUCUGGACAUAUAUCAAUAAUUUAGAAUUUUGCUGAAAAUGCAUUGUUGACUUUGAACAAUCAGCCAGUGUGAUGUCAUUUAGUAUAUUAAUUUUUGUAACCUUUAAUCACUGGCUUCUCCGCUAUAAGUAACUUGUUUUCGGAGGAUGAGGAUUUGAAUGAAAUGUAGAAACGAUAUAUAUUUCUCAGCGAUGCCCAAACAUUGGGUUUAUUUUUAUGAAAUUAUGUCCAAGACGUUGUUGUUUUUAUAAUGGUUUAUUUCCAAAAAGAUUUGGAAGUUGAUUAAUAUAAUGAUGUAUCAAUGAUGUGUAUGUUGUAUAGUAUUGCUGGUUCCAUCAUGGGACCCAGAAGUGCUGAAACUAUCACUGGUGAGCUUCCUAAACACAUAAUGUAUUAUCUAGUCUUGAUAUUUCUGUCUCAUUAAAGCUGAAUCAUUUUUACAUAGUGAACUCAUACCUGUGACUGAUAUUUCUCUUUAUGUAGCAGGUUUGUUAUGUUCUUGUAUGUAGCAGGUCAUUCAUGUUUGUGGUUUUAGCAGGUCUUUUAUGUACAUCUGUUUUGUCCCAGUAUGUAGCAUGUUUUUUAUGUCUCUGUAUGUUGCAGGUCUUACCUGCAGGUCAUACAUGUAACAUUUCAUUUUGUAACAAGCCUGUUAUGGGCAUCCAUUAUGUCCAUGUAUGUAGCAUGACCUUAUGUCGCUGUAUGUAGCAGGUCUGAUAUGUUCCAGAAUGUAGCAGGUCUGAUAUGUUCCAGAAUGUGGCAGGUCUGAUAUGUUCCAGAAUGUAGCAGAUCUGAUAUGUUCCUGUAUGUAACAGGUCUGAUAUGUCGCUGUAUGUAGCAGGUCUGAUAUGUUCCAGAAUGUAGCAGGUCUGAUAUGUUCCUGUAUGUAGCAGGUCUGAUAUGUUCCUGUAUGUAGCAGGUCUGAUAUGUUCCAGAAUGUAGCAGGUCUGAUAUGUUCCAGAAUGUAGCAGGUCUGAUAUGUUCCUGUAUGUAGCAGGUCUGAUAUGUUCCUGUAUGUAGCAGGUCUGAUAUGUUCCUGUACAGGUCUGAUAUGUUCCUGUAUGUAGCAGGUGUGAUAUGUCCCAGAAUGUAGCAGGUCUGAUAUGUCCUAGAAUGUAGAAUGUCUGAUAUGUUCCUGUAUGUUGCAGGUGUGAUAUGUCCCAGUAUGUAGCAGGUCUGAUAUGUCCCAGAAUGUAGCAGGUCUUAUAUGUCCUAGAAUGUAGCAUGUUCCAGAAUGUAGCAGGUGUGAUAUGUUCCAGAAUGUAGCAGGUCUGAUAUGUUCCUGUAUGUAGCAGGACUGAUAUGUUCCUGUAUGUAGCAGGUCUGAUAUGUUCCUGUAUGUAGCAGGUCUGAUAUGUCCCAGAAUGUAACAGGUCUGAUAUGUUCCUGUAUGUAGCAGGUCUGAUAUGUUCCUGUAUGUAGCAGGUCUGAUAUGUCCCAGAAUGUAACAGGUCUGAUAUGUUCCUGUAUGUAGCAGGUUUUUGUUAUGUUUAUGUCCUGUAAUGUUAUAUCAUAUGGUGAUGUUAUCAGUUUGUUCUUAUAAAGGAAAAUUUCUUCAAAUAUUUUUUUUUUUCAAAAGAAAUUUUUUUUAAUGACAGAUUUUUGUAUGUAAUCCGAUUUUAUUGGUGCAGGAAUAAUUGUAUUCAGGGCUAGUAACUUUUGUUUGCCCGAGUCUGGUACAGUUAGCUCCCUUAGAUAUAAUUGUCUCAUUGGUGUUUGUGAUACAGUAGCAUAAUAAGGCAGCAAUAGAAGUACCAUACUGAUAGCUAGGUCCUGGGGACAACCUUUUUAACCAACUUAUUCCUUCCUUAGUUUUAAUGUGAUACAAACAACUCUCUGUUGUCGUUGGAAACUUUAUCUUCUGCUAUAUUAGCAUAAAAUGACCCAGGAAUGGGGAGACAUCCAAACAUUUUCUCCUGUUAGCUAAUGAUAUUUGGAUUUAUAUUGAAUAUUUGCUUGAUAUUUGAUUUCGCUCUGUCUUGGCUGACUGUGAAUAUAGAUAAAUGAAAUACUCAGUAAAUAUUACCAACUAUACAGAGCACAUAGGAAUCAGACUCACUGUUAAAUUUCAGGUUUAGAAAGUUCAACUUAUAUUUGUACAAACCCGUUUUUUUGUAUGCACACUCCUAUGUGUGACAUGUGAAGGAAUAUUUUGGAAGGCUUUGUUUCCAGUAAAACCGUUAUAUUGAGGCUCCUUGAGGGAGAAUUCUAGUAUCUAAGUGAUGAUUUGGAUGCAUCUUUUGGGUUUGUAGAAUUAUAAAAUGCAAAAAGGACUUUUUAUCAUGUCAAAUGUUCAGCAUUUUGCACUUUUUUGUCAAUGAUCAAAGCUGCUUUGUGACAUCAUAUGUAGCAAGUUUUGUGCAUUUUCCAGGGUAUUUUCAUGAACAUGUAAGUAGAUAAUACAUAUAGGUUAGCAAACUUUUUACUGAGAGUACAAUACUGGCAGACCUUACAAUCAUUAGGGUACCAUACACUAAUGUGGUGGUGUAUAAUUUAAAGCCCUGUUUGUCCAGGAAGCUUACAAUCUUUAGGGUUCCCCACUCAAAUGUUGUGCUGUAGAGUUACAGCCUUGUUUUUAGGAAAUAACCCCUCCUGGAGCCUCAAAUCAUCCUCUGUGCAAGGCCUUGUUAUCUGUGUGCAUAUAUUAAACAUACUGAACAAUACUCAACCUCAUCAAUAUGAAAUCAUGAAUUGUUUGUUGACAUAGAAAUGUAAAGCUCCCUCUCAAUGUGGCAUUCUCAAGUACGUAAAUGUCAUUAAUGUAAGUACUGUACACACCACACAAUGAUUGGUUCACUCAGAUCAGCAUUGUACACACAAUGAUUUGUUCGCAAUUGCAAGUACUCUGCACACCACACAAUGAUUGGGUCACUCAGAUCAGCAUUGUACACACCACAAACCAAUUAGUUCACAAGGGUUAAUACUGUACACAUAACACAAUGAUUUAUUCGCAAUUGUUAGUACUGCGCAUACCACACAGCAAUUGGUUCAAACAUAUCAGCAUUGUACACACCACAAACUGAUUAGAUUACAAGGGUCAAUACUGUACACAGCACACAACGAUUUAGCUAUAGACUUACAAGUGUAAGUGCUGUACACCUAACACAACAAGAGACUUACAAGUGUAAGUGCUGUACACCUAACACAACAAUAGACUUACAAGUGUAAGUGAUUUACACCCAACACAACAAUAGACUUACAAGUGUAAGUGAUUUACACCCAACACAACAAUAGACUUGCUAGAGCCGAUGAUGCACACUACACAAACUCUACAGAGUAUCUGCAUAUUUUCUCAAACAAAAGUUCUUUUGAUGAAUCACGUGUUCAUGACUGCUGACUGCCUGCUAAAAUACACUUGCAAACUACUUCAUGGCUGUUGAAUAUUCAUGACAAUCAUUGCCAGCCCAUCGACUAUAAAUGCAUGACAUUUUGCCCUUGAAGACUCAGUCUAGUAUCUGGGGUGGAAACUACUUCAAGGCUAGUUUAAGUUGUCCUUGUUUUAUAAAAUGAUGUCAACUUUUGUAAGAUGUUGAUUAAAUAUAUCAUAAUCCCAUUGUGUAGAUUUAAUUUAUGACUUAUAUGCUCCCAUUAAAUAUAUGAAAUGAA